ACUCCAGGAAUUAAACGCGGCAGUGUGAUCUUUAGUUUUCAAGCGGACUUUGCACUUCUACUUGAAUGACUCCUCAGGUCCGAUCACAGACAGAGGAGAGACUGCAGAGCAGGAAGUCGGAGGACGACCUCAGCCGCAAUAUUGCGAGCAGACUCUGUUGCGUAGGUCGCGUUCCGCUGUAAUAAAUCCUGCAAGUAAUUUGUCCCUGAUGAAGCGCCGUAGUCACCCGAGAGGAGAAAACAGUUGAGGGACGUGUGCAGCCAAAAGGCGGUUCAGCCCCGCAGGAGGACUACAACCAGGCAGAAAGUGGGAGGGAGGACUCGGGAAGCAAAACAUGGCGAAAUAACACAUUUGGGCUGUAGCAGCUUUUUUUGGAACUGCGCCGUGUGUUCGGUGUCGGGGUGGACUGCUCGUAACAUUUUGGAUGCGUGAGUACGAACGGCGACGCUUAACUAUAAAGAGUCGUUUGUCUCGUUUUACAAGUAUUACGGCGGUGCCUGGCGGAAAUAAAGGAGAAAAACAAUAGCGCGUCGUCUUCGCUUUUUCACCCCGGAGGGUUGGUGGUGCGAGGCGCGACUGUCAACACAGAAAACGGACGAAGAAGGAAAGUUCAUCCCGGAAAAAGACUGUGCAGUCGAGUAGCUUAGCAACGGUAGCUAGCCAGCGGACGUCGGGCUGAUUGCACGCACCUGACUCGGUAUUCGGACGAACGUGCUGCCCUGUCGAAAUUGAAGAAUAUUCAAGUCGCGUUAACAAGUUUGAAAAACUAAACGUUACAGCCGCAAACUUUAAUUUUUCCACACUGUCAGUGUUUAUUUUUUUUGUGAGGACACGUAUUUAGGGCUAAUCUUGACAGGCUGACGGUCGGUUCUGGUGCGGACGGACCCGGACGCCAUCACGUCAGACGUUGCGUUCUCCUUUAAAAAAAAAGAAACAACACAAAAAAUGUUGUUUUCUACCUCAACCGCGUGACGAGGAACGCUUUUACUGGCACACCUGUCCUAUCUGGUACCCCCCCCUCUUUUGGCACGCAUCGUUUCCCACACGUUACGUUAGCCGAAUGUGGUACAGCAACAAGGGCGUUCCGUCAAGAUGAACGCAGCAAGGUGUUCAACAACAGUCAAGGUGCGUCGCGUUGAAAACCUGCCAGUUGUUAGAACGGCGCCGAUGGUCGGCUAACAGUGACGUUACCGCUCUGUUGAAAUAAUAUUUUUAUAAAAGUUAACGUGUCUCCUGUUUUUGGGCCGGGGAGGGAGGGAAAGGAGGGGGUCAGAUGUUGUAAACCGCGUUUCUCCCACAACAACUGCGGAUAACGCCACGGCUCUCGGCCCGAGUGGACGGGAGCUAGCCAGCUGGGUGCGCCUGUGGCAGCGCCAUCUGCGAUGUGUUCGCUAACUUAAGUGUUACCGGGUUGUUCCGCAACAGUUUUUUGUUGUUGUUGUUUUUGGGGGGUUUUUGCACAUCGUACGUCCCCGCUCGCUUGAUACCGUUUGAGAUAUCUUUGUAGCGGCGACUUACGUUUCCCCCACGGUACCUCUUGUCAAAUAGCCGGCUAACUUGGUAGCUGCGGCGGUUAAGUUUUCGCCAGCUAUGUCUGAAAACGCCCCCACACGAAGCCUGGAUGACAUCGACCUCGCGGCUCUCAGGGAUCCAGCAGGAAUCUUUGAGCUUGUCGAGGUUGUCGGCAAUGGGACCUACGGGCAGGUGUACAAGGGCCGUCAUGUAAAGACGGGCCAGCUGGCUGCCAUCAAGGUGAUGGAUGUUACAGAGGAGGAAGAAGAGGAAAUCAAAGCUGAAAUCAACAUGCUGAAAAAAUACAGCCACCACCGCAACAUAGCCACUUACUAUGGUGCCUUUGUCAAGAAGAGUCCACCAGGACACGAUGACCAGCUUUGGCUGGUGAUGGAGUUCUGUGGGGCGGGGUCAGUGACUGACCUGGUGAAAAACACCAAGGGCAGCUCCCUAAAGGAGGACUGGAUUGCUUACAUCUGCAGAGAAAUCCUACGGGGCCUUUCUCAUCUCCACGCCCAUAAAGUCAUCCACAGAGACAUCAAGGGCCAGAACGUGCUGCUAACUGAGAACGCAGAGGUCAAACUUGUUGAUUUUGGGGUGAGCGCUCAGUUGGACAGGACUGUUGGCCGUAGGAACACCUUCAUUGGCACUCCGUACUGGAUGGCACCUGAGGUUAUUGCCUGUGACGAGAACCCCGACUCCACCUACGACUACAGGAGUGAUAUCUGGUCAUUGGGGAUCACAGCCAUCGAGAUGGCAGAGGGAGCUCCCCCCUUAUGUGACAUGCACCCAAUGAGAGCCCUCUUCCUCAUCCCCAGGAACCCCCCCCCAAAACUUAAAUCCAAAAAAUGGUCCAAGAAAUUCAUUGACUUUAUAGAGGGCUGUCUGGUGAAGACCUAUACCACGCGACCGUCCACAGAGCAGCUUCUGAAGCACUCCUUCAUCAGGGACCAGCCCACUGAGCGCCAGGUCCGCAUUCAGCUCAAAGACCACAUUGACCGUACGCGCAAGAAAAGGGGAGAAAAAGAAGAGACUGAGUACGAGUACAGUGGUAGUGACGAAGAGGAUGAAAAUCGUGGAGAGGACCGAGAGUCGAGUUCAAUCCUCAAUGUGCCCGGUGAGUCCACCCUGCGGCGGGACUUCCAGCGUCUGCAACAGGAGAACAAAGAGCGCUCGGAGGCUCACAAGAGGCAGCAGGCCCAACUGGCGGCUCAGCGCAGGGACCCCGAGGAACACAAGAGGCAACUGUUGCACGACCGGCAAAAACGCAUUGAGGAGCAGAAGGAACAGCGGCGCCGACUCGAAGAGCAACAGAGAAAGGAGCGAGAGAUGGUGAGGCAGCAAGAGAAAGGUCCCCAUCGACGACUCGACGAUAUGAGACGGGAGGAAGAUAGAAGCUUGGCUGAGAGGGAGCAGGAGUUUAUCAGACAUAAGUUAGAAGAAGAGCAGCGGCAGUUAGAAAUCCUUCAGCAGCAGUUGCUUCAGGAGCAGGCACUGCUUAUGGAGUACAAACGCAAGCAGCUGGAGGAACAGCGUCAGUCAGAGCGACUGCAGAGGCAGCUGCAGCAGGAGCAUGCAUACCUUGUGUCUCUGCAACAACAGCAGCAAGAAAAGAAGCCCCAGCUGUACCACUACAACAAAAACCUGGAGCCCAACAACAAACCUUCUUGGGCCCGUGAGGUUGAGGAGCGAAGUAAGCUCAACAGACAGGGCUCACCCAAAAUCUGCACCACUGUUUCUGACAAUGCCAUCCAGUCUCGCUCUGACUCAAUCAGCCAAUCGGGAAUGGCUCAGUCUGCUCAGACCCCACCGAUGCAGAGGCCUGUUGAACCCCAUGGGGGGCAGGGAAAGUUCCAGAUGGCUCACUUGGUCCCACUGAAGCCUUAUGCUGCCCCUGUCCCUCGUUCCCAGUCCCUCUGUGACCAGCCCACUAAGACCAUGUCCGCAUUCCCCACCCAGGAUCCCUCCCUUACCCCCACACCCCGUCCCAUCCACUCUAGAGAGCUAGUGCGUCAAAACUCCGACCCGACUUCUGAAACCCCGGCACCACAGGCACACCAAAUGGUAGAGGAUCGCGGCCCCUGGAUCCGCCUGCCAGAUGUGGAACUUCCCCCCAAGAUUCCACAGAGGACGGCGUCUAUUGCCACAGCUCUCAACACCAAUUUGACCUCUGGCAUAAGGCAUCCAGUGCGAGCCAGCAAUCCAGAUCUCAGCCGCAAUGAUCGUUGGGAGAGAGGAGACUGUAUGAGCAUCAUAUCCAAUCUUCCCCAGACUGGUUCUCUGGAGAGGCAUCGCAUCCUCAGUUCCUCCAAAAUGGAUUCGCCCAUGCUCUCCCAUGACAGCCGUCAUAAGCCAGGGGAGUCUCGCACCUCCUCCCGCCCUGGGCGCCCUGCAAGUUACAAGAGAGCUAUAGGCGAGGACCAUGGCUUGUUUGCCAAGGAGCGUGCAGAGGAGCAGCCAAGGCCCCCAGUCAAGGCCAAUGAUUACUCCUCGUCUUCGGAGAGCAGCGAGAGUAGUGAGGAGAGUGAGAGUGGAGAGGGAGCAGAGGAAGAAGAAAGCCCCACAGAUCGUCACAGGGACGCAGACACUGAUUCAGUCAACACCAUGGUGGUUCAUGAAGACGAGGGCGAGGGGGGAGAGGGAGAGCAAGCUGGAGGCUAUGGGGACCAGACCAUGCUGGUGCAGAGGACCCCAGAGAAAAGGAGCCAUAAUGGUUACACUAACCUGCCAGAUGUGGUGCAGCCCUCCCACUCUCCCACAGAUUCAGCCUCUCACUCCUCCCCUGGGAAGGACUCUGUCUAUGAUUAUCAGUCCAGAGGUUUGGUUAAAGCAUCAUCUGGCAAGUCUUCUUUCACCACCUUUGUGGAUCUGGGCAUGUACCAGUCUCCAGCAGGUGCCGGGGAUAACAUCUCCGUCAGUAGCUCCAGGUUUGAGCAGCUGAAGAUGGAGGUGAGGAAAGGAUCCAUGGUGAAUGUCAAUCCCACCAACACACGCCCCCCCAAUGACACACCUGAGAUCCGCAAGUACAAGAAGAGGUUCAACGCAGAGAUCCUGUGUGCUGCUCUCUGGGGUGUGAACUUGUUGGUGGGCACGGAGAACGGUUUGAAGCUGCUGGACCGUAGUGGUCAAGGCAAGGUGUACCCCCUCAUCAACUCCCGCAGGUUCCAACAGAUGGACGUCCUGGAGGGCCUCAACCUGCUCAUCACCAUAUCAGGCAAGAAAAACAAGGUACGUGUCUACUACCUGGCCUGGCUGCGGAACAAAAUCCUCCACAAUGACCCUGAGGUGGAGAAGAAGCAGGGCUGGACCACUGUGGGGGAGAUGGAGGGCUGCGUCCACUACAAAGUGGUGAAAUACGAGAGGAUAAAGUUCCUGGUGAUUGCUUUGAAGAAUGCGGUGGAAGUGUACGCUUGGGCGCCCAAACCGUAUCACAAAUUCAUGGCCUUCAAGUCCUUUGCAGACCUCCCACACAGGCCUGUCCUGGUCGACCUCACAGUGGAGGAGGGCCAGAGGUUGAAGGUCAUCUACGGAUCAUGUGCUGGCUUCCACGCCAUUGACGUGGACUCCGGAAACAACUAUGACAUUUAUAUCCCCGUUCAUAUCCAGAGCCAAGUGAUGCCACACGCAAUUGUGUUCCUGCCCAGCUCAGACGGCAUGGAGAUGUUGUUGUGCUACGAAGACGAGGGUGUCUACGUCAACACCUACGGGCGCAUCAUCAAGGACGUGGUCCUGCAGUGGGGCGAGAUGCCCACAUCAGUUGCUCACAUCUGCUCAAAUCAGAUCAUGGGAUGGGGAGAAAAGGCCAUUGAGAUCCGUUCCGUGGAGACCGGCCACCUAGACGGUGUCUUCAUGCACAAAAGAGCUCAGAGGCUGAAGUUCCUCUGUGAGAGGAAUGACAAGGUGUUCUUUGCAUCAGUGCGUUCUGGAGGCAGCAGCCAGGUGUACUUCAUGACGUUGAACAGAAACUGCAUCAUGAACUGGUGAAGGAACAGCUGCUCCGGUCAGUGUGGAAGCCAGCAGGGUUCCGAGAAGGAGGGCAUCUAAAAUUGUUCCCAACCGCAUGCACACAAUCGCAAAUACUUUUCUCUCUGUGUGUCUCUCUCACGCACUCAUGCGCCAAAGACACAUACACAAACAACCCAUUCCAACCUACAUGUACACUCCUUAAGACACAAUUUCCACAGAGGCCCCUCCCGACAACAUUCUCCAUGGAAUCGCCAUGAAACAUCACUGAGCUUCAAAUGUUAAUACCAUCCAUUGGUUUGUACUGUAAAUAUUCUCGUCUUGAUUAACUUGGUGGACUCCUGUUCUGUCGUAUCUAUUUAGUUCGUCAUUGUGAAGUAUGUAAAAAAACAAAACAUUCCUUGAUAGUUCUACAGUACGUUUCUGAUGGCGUUAUUAACCAAUACUGGACGUUGAAUUGAAGCUGUAAAUAGGUAGCACCUUACACUUAGAUCUGAAUCAUUUGCAGGCCGCUUACAUUGCCUCCAGUCAGUGUGUUGCUAACGGACACAUGGACCUCAAAUAAUAAAAUGCCGGAACGCCCAUCUGCAGUUGCUUUACUCGUGAUUUCAGGGAAGUUUAAAGGAUGUAUUUAGUAUAAAGAAUAUCACAAAGGGACAUUAAAGUCAGGACAAAGUAGCUUGUUGUAUUUUUUGUUACGUACAGUAGAUUGUAACCUGAAGUCCGGCUUUGACUUUUUUUCUGACCUGAAUGGCAAAUAUUGCAACUCUUAAACACAGCAAGUAAGCUUUGAAUGCGUCAAAACAAAAAUAGAUUUCAGUUUAAAUGAAUAUAUGAUCAAACAAAUAAGAAUUCACAUAAAUGUGCAGUACUCAGAAUCGAUGAUGUGAAAAUUCCUGCUUUGCCUUUUUUUCCCUCUAUGGUUUAGGUGAUUCUAUUCAUUAUUUGACUCAUCAGGCCUGCAUCUGAACUUGUUUUCAUAGAUUUACAUACUACGGAAAUGUGUUAUUUAUAUGUAGUGAUUCUGUAUUGGUAUUAGCCUACUAGUAAUCUUAUUUUUACUGUAACUAUAUUGCCAUUAUAUUGCAAUAUAUGCUAAUCUGUGGAGUCUCUGUUUGAGGAGGGCACGUUGUGUAUUUGCUGGUGUUAAAGAGCGCGUUGGCGCCUUUUGGGAGCAGAAGGUUAUUUGUCGGCAUCAGAAGACUUUGGAGUAACACAGCUGACAUUAGUGAUGGAUGGAGAUCAGUUUCGUGGUCCUUCGACCCUCCUACCACAGUGCUCUAACCUACUGUAUUCUAUUUCUGUUCUAAAACUAUUGAGUUGGCCUGACUCUUAUUGUUGAGAGGCGUUUGCAGAGAGCAGCUUGGUGUGGUAAAGUUUGUGGUUUUUCUUCGGCCAGUUGAAAGAUUUAAUGUAGGGUGACUGUACAAUACCACAGAGGGCUCCAUCUCAUCAGGCACUUUGGAAAAUACUGCUGGAACACAUGGGACUUAAUAUAUUUUAUAUCUGUACAUUCUGCCGAAGUUCACAGCACAUUCUGCAGUGGCAGGAGGAAGCUACGGCAAACGAAAGAUUGCUAAAAUUGCAAUUAUAAUGGAUUGUGCCAAACUCUUCCUACAGAUCACGAGCUAACGUUCCUUUCUGUAUAUACAUCUAAAGUCCGCUCCCUUCUCACCAAUAAUAUGGUAUCAUGCUUAAUGAGCUGCUUCGGAUUUCCUAUAGCGCUCGAUUUGUUAGUAUUGCAUAGGCACCCCCUCCCUUGUUUUUUUUUUCUUUAAAUAGUAAUUAACGGUGCACCGGGCAGUACGGUAGAAGUAGGGAGUGUCACCAGGAAGUAGAUCGCAGAGGGUUGGUCAACACAUGAAUGUGUUCCAGCACCACUGAGCUUCUUCUGCACUUCAGACAGGUGGACGUUUUCAUCCCGCUAUAAGCAUGGUGUUGUUUUUACUUUUCAACAAGUUAGUUAAUCUGCUCAUAAUUGCAAUGUUAACAGAACAAAAUUAAAGUUGUUUUUUUUUAGUAGUAGAACAAAACUUUAGUUUAUUAUGAAAAGGAAUCUGGACUAGUGAUCAAUGGGAUAUUCUACUGAAAAUCCUUAAGAUGAUGAUGAAGAUAUAUUAUAUAUUUAAUACAGGCAGAAAUAGAGCUAUAAAGAACGCAGUACAUGUUCACAGCUGAGAACAUUUGAUCAAAGAGUUUAUCAAUAGAAUACUUUUGUGGUGAAAUUAUAAUACAAACUAAAUGGGAUUAGAAAGCACUUUCAGCGAUCUUACAUUCACAAAUAUAUCUCAAGCAGAUACUUGAUGUGCAUGUAAGCUAUUGAAAUAGAGUAUAUAGUACUGUGUUGAAGUUGUGUUCCCCUUUUAUUGAAUGUGUUCUUGAGUAUCUGUUAUGUGCCAUGACUUACAUUUCUAAUGUCACAACUACAAUCCACCAGGAGCUUUGGCAGUCAUGCCUUUUCUGGUCAAAUCAUAAUUUUUUAUCAAUCUGCCAUGUUUACAGUUAAAGCAGUGCCUUGGAGCUGGGAAGGUGAAAGAUUUAUUGAUUGGUUAUGACCCCCCCCCCCACACACACACACACACACACACAUAAUAACACUAAAGCCAACACACCAAUGAUAGACUUUUCGCACCACGUACUAUACAUGGCCUAAAAAUGAUUAUUGGAUAAUAAUCCAUGCAGGACAGUGAAAUUAUUACAUGUCCAAAUAAUCCAGUGAAAAGGAUCUUCUCUCGGGGGGAGCGAGCACAGUGAAAAGCCAUACUUAUGAAACGUGUUUGUAGAGAAACGAGUCAAAUUCAACUGUGUGUAAUGUCUGCUCAGAAAAUGUAGGUUCUUCCAGCGAAGACGACCGAAGCGCUUAUUCUUAGAUGAUGUUGAUUGCGUAAUCUUGUAGUGAGGAAAGUAGCUUGAUAUAUUCUAAAAAGCCUAUUUUAUGAAAUGUGUAAAUUAGUCUAUAUUGAGAAAUCAAAGUGAAUGUACAUCUAUGAGACAGAUUUGUAUUUAUAUGAACAUGUGUACUUCUCUAAUCAUAAGCACAACGUAUUUUACGGCGGAUAUCAAAGCUAUAAUUAGGUGUGACAGAGAGAUGGUGUUUUGUUUUCUCACAUGUAGAAAUGAGGUUGUUUGUUGUUGGCAGCAGGGUGAAUGCUCGAGGUGACUCACAGGUUACCGUCCGGCCUCCGAGGGGAAGGCGACGGGCUGAAGCUGCGUUCACGUGGUGCGUUCGGGGUGUGACGCAGUCGUUCACUGUUCGCUUUGGUAUUGAAUCACAAAAAGGCAGCAUUUAGAAAGUCAGAAGCGUUUAGUUAACAAAUUACACACAAGAAAACUGAUCAGUUAUCAUUUCUUGACUACUUGAUUUGGAAUUCAUUUUGUUACCAGGUGUCCUUCAAAAGGAACUCACUGAUCUUACACAUCAGAGUCUGUUUACAGGAAGUACUACUGCUUAUGUGGAAGAGUUUGGAUUUGGGAAGAAAUUAACUCCUCAGCCACUACUUGCACAACGUAACCCAAUGUCUGAGCAACUGUGUGCAGUGGCAGUGCAUUGUUGAUCAUUUAGGAAUUUUAUUUUAGCGAAGCAAGAGCGGUGUCCUGCAUCCAUUUCUGUACAUUAUUUUUUUUCUGUGAUAUAUUCCAAAAGUUACAUUUGUGUUUGUAAUUCAGAAGUGGUUCCGUGAUAUAUUCCAAAAGUUAAAUUUGUGUUUGUAAUUCAGAAGUGGUUCCCACACACUAAACCCAGAGUGACGUUCAGACAUUUCAUGUUUGCAACAUCUCAGGCGUUGCCUGGCAACAUCACUCAGUGCACUUCAGUGUACCAAUGAAAUGGAAACAGACUGGUGUGUAAAAUCAGUGUAGAAUUGCCUGAUAUCAAGUUUAUUUGAAUUACUUUUUAUGUAUUUCUACCUUUUUUGCUUUGGUGUACAAGCUCAGUGAGGCACACCAAACUAAUUCAUUUUCUGUUUAAGAUUUUCUUAAGAUAAAGAAAAAUACCAUAGCAACAUAUUAAAUUCUUCUCCAUUGUCUGAUUAAAAGCUCUUGCUCGAUUUCAUGUGUCUCAGCAAUGCUGUGAAGUUGUGAUGAACAUCAACUCGUCGUUCUUAGGUGAGGUAAUAGGCAGUCACCAUUUUGUUUCUGGCAGUCGCUUCAAAUGGUGAACUUGUCCUAUUUCGUGCACCAGCGUUUCAAUUUGUAACACAGCUCUUGUUACAAUACCUCUUACACAAAAGAACCUCCCAACUGAGUGAGUGUCUUUCUGAGCAUGAGCACGGACGGAUUCGAUGGCUAAAUUCAUGGAACAGCACCAGGAUUCAGAAAGAUUGCAAGGGUUGCAGCUGGAGCCCUCGGAUGACAUUUCUUUUAAUAAGCAAUAUAAGCAUUUAAAAAAAAAAAAAAAAUCCGAACCGUGUCCCUCUCCAUGCGGCCGACAGGCAGCGCUUCUUCAGUGGCCUUUGGCGGACUGAAUGUGGGCUGGUUUGUGCGCGGCUUGUUGUUCAGUACUUGGUACUAAAAGAAAUGCUCCUCCUUCUUGCUUCGCUAUGAUGAAAUACGAGGAACUGCCUUCAGUGAACUCAAGUACCGAUAGUUAAUAUUGUGAUGAGGCCCUCCAUAUAUCUUUUUAUUUGUUAUGGUUAACGUAUGAAUGGAUUAGCAGCUGGGAGUGAGGCCGAUCAAACUGGAGCUCUAAAACCAUGUGGAUUCUUGGACAGAACGACAAUCUAUUAUUUUUUUCAAUAACUUUUUUUUUUUCUUUUUCUUUUCGUAAGACUUUAAACAUGUUUGCAAUGUUGUAGUGUGCGCGCGUCUGUUACUUGUGAGAGAAUAACUCCAGAUUGUAUUAAAUGGACUGAUCAACUUUAAACUUUCAAAAGAUUGUGUUAUGAAUUCAUGUCUUAAUACAAAUUGUUUGAAAAAAUAAAGUACCUUUUAAUCUCA